AUGACUGCUUCACCCACCCGUCUCGCUCUCCUCGGCGCCGGUAUCUUCGCCAAGGAAAGCCACCUCCCCGCCCUCGCCCAACUGGGCAGCACCGAAGUCACCCUCGUCGCCGUCUACUCGCGCUCCGAGGCCAGCGCCUCCUCCCUCGCCGCCGACGCCCAGACCGCCCUCGGCCUCGACGCCCCGCCCGCGGUGUACCACGACGACCCGAAGGCCCCGUCCGCAUCCGCCUCGCUCGACGCCCUCCUCGCGCGCGCCGACAUCGACGGCGUCGUCGUCGUCCUCCCGAUCACCGUCCAGCCCGCGAUCAUCCUCAAGGCGCUCGCCGCGGGCAAGCACGUCCUGAGCGAGAAGCCGGUCGCGCCGGACGUCGAGCGCGGGCGCGCGCUCAUCCGCGAGUACGAGGGCAAGUACGUGCCCAAGGGGCUCGUGUGGCGCGUCGCGGAGAACGAGGAGGCGGAGCCGCCGCACGUAGCGGCCCGCAGGUUCAUCCAGGAGGGGAAGAUCGGCAAGGUGACGUUCUUCAGCGCGCGCGUGGUGGGCUAUGUGGAUGAGAAGAGCAAGUACUGGAAUACCCCGUGGAGGACUGUCCCUGACUAUCAGGGUGGUUUCUUGCUUGAUGGUGGUGUCCACACGAUCGCCACGCUCCGCGUCGUCCUCGGCGACGCGCCCAUGGCGCGCCUCGCCGCGCACGCCUCGCUCACGCACGACAUCCUCCCGCCCCACGACACGAUCCACGCGCUCGUCGCGACCGCCUCCGGCGCGCACGGGCUCGUCGAGCUCUCGUGGGGCGCGCCCGUGCCCUCGCGCGCCGCGCGCGCGGCGGGCGGGAUCGCCGUCACCGACACCGACGGCUGGCUCGAGGUCGGGCGCGCGGCGGGCGGGGACGCGGUGCGGUGCGUCGCGCGGUGCGCGGUGCGCGACGCGCGCGGCCGCGUCGCGGGGGAGACGGAGGAGGUCGUGGAGGCGGAGCGCGCGGGGGUGCGGCGGGAGAUCGCGAGCUGGCUCGCGGCGGUCCGCGGGGAGGACGACGGGAUCAACGGGCCGCGGGGGGCGUUGGCGGACGUGGCGUUCAUCGAGGCGGCGCUGAACAGCGGGGGGAAGGAGGUCGAUUUGCUGGAGCUGGCCAAGGUGUGA